UGGGUUGCCAGCCCGUAUGUCAACCCCAUUGUGGUUAUGGCCGCUGUGUGGCACCCCAAAAAUGUGAAUGUUUUCCGGGCUACAUCAAGCGCCGGGGGAGGGAAAUUUGUGAAUCAGAAUGCUAUGCGUAUCAACUGUGCCAAUGGCUUCUGUGAGUCACCCUACAAAUGUCAAUGCCAUGUGGGUUUUACCUAUGAUCCCCAAAGUCAAAAUUGCCUACCCCUGUGUCCAGAUGCCUGUGAGCAUGGCGUGUGCCUAGCACCGGGCAUAUGUCGAUGUUUUGAGGGUUACUAUCUUUGGUACAAUACCUGCAAGCCGAUCUGUGAAAAUGGCUGUGGCCUCUAUGGCCAUUGUGUGGCUCCAAAUAUAUGUGCCUGUGGUCCAGGACAUCAACAUUGUUUGGAUGGUGGCAGCUGUAGUCCAAGGGGUCAUUGUCAGUGUCCCCAGGGUAUGAAUCAUUUUAUUGAUCGUUGCAUAUAUUCGGCCACAAUGGAGAAUCUGAUUUUUAGCAUGGCUGAGAGGAGACAUUUCGAUAGGGAAUUGAAAAAUGAAUUUGAGGCUAUUAUUGGUCGAAUGUUUCAGUUCUAAUUUUGGGGCCAUGGAAAUUAUAAGCCAAUGUGUUAAUAGAAUAACAAAAAUUCCUAUAUUUAUUUAAAAAUAUUUAAAAAUUAUUUUUUCAAUAGAUUUAUAAUCGUGGACUUUUUAAAAAUUAUUUUUUUUCAAUAUAGUAAUAAGCGUGGCUUUUUUAAAAAUUAUUUUUUUAAAUAUAUUAAUAAGCGUUGGAUUUUUUAAAAAUUAUUUUUUCAAUAGAUUUAUAAUCCAAAAAUUAUUUUUUUAAAUUAAUUAAUAA